GAGAGAUAUAUUUCUUCACAAAUAAUAAAUCAAACAAAGAAGCUAUGGAAGAAAAAAACGCAAACCAACCACCCACCUUUGCAGCUUUUGUUAUCAUAAAGUCUUUCACCGACACACGCGCGCACUUCCGUUUACUAUUUGUUAUCCUUAAAAUGCUCAGCUUAUUCUUCCCUUUUGUUCUCUCAACUUUUAUUAAUUUGUUUCUUGCUAUUCAUAAGAAUCUUCACGCAAAAGAACACUAGAGUGGUGAAGAAGUAGCUACUUUGCCUCUUCUUUUUUAAUUUAAGGUUUUCAUUUCUUUUUGUGAAAGGAAACAAUGUUGCAAAGGUUGGUCUUCCUUCUCAUCGUUCUCCUGAUUCAAUCCUCUUUCCUUUUUGAGAUUUCCUCUGCUCUCCAGGAAGGAAAAACAUGUAUACUAAACGACAACUGUGACGCUGGAUUACACUGUGAAACAUGUCUAGCCAACAAUAAUUUGAGACCCAGAUGCUCUCGAACCCAACCCAUCAACCCCAUCUCAAAGGUAAAGAAGGGAUUGCCUUUCAACAAGUACGCAUGGUUAACAACACACAACUCGUUUGCAAGAUUGGGGCAAGUGUCAAAAACCGGUUCUGUAAUUUUGGCUCCUACUAAUCAACAAGAUUCGGUCACAAGCCAACUCGCGAACGGUGUAAGAGGGUUUAUGCUCGACAUGUACGACUUUGAAAACGAUAUCUGGCUUUGUCACUCUUUCGAUGAAACGUGUUUUAAUUUCACCGCCUUCCAACCAGCGGUUAACGUUCUAAGGGAGAUACAAGGGUUUCUGGAGAAUAACAAGGAUGAAGUCGUAACGAUUAUUAUAGAAGACUAUGUGAAAUCUCCCAAGGGCCUCACAAAAGUGUUUAAUGCGGCAGGGCUACAAAAGUUCAUGUUUCCAGUUACUAGAAUGCCCAAAAUUGGAGGGGACUGGCCAACGCUUGACGACAUGAUACAACAAAACCAAAGGUUGCUAGUUUUCACAUCCGAUAGAAGUAAAGAAGCAACCGAAGGAAUCGCAUAUCAGUGGAAGUACAUGGUUGAGAACCAAUAUGGAAAUGGAGGAUUGAAGGUAGGAGCGUGUCCUAACAGAGCUCAAUCAGCACCAAUGAGCGAUAAAUCGAAAUCUCUUGUACUUGUUAACCAUUUUCCAGAUGCUCCGGACUUGGUAGUAGCAUGUAGACAAAACUCUGCUCCUCUUCUUGAAUCCAUCAAGGCAUGUUACCAAGCCGCAGGACAAAGAUGGCCUAACUUCAUAGCAGUCGAUUUCUACAAGAGAAGUGAUGGUGGAGGAGCUCCGCAAGCUGUUGAUGUUUCAAACGGCAAUUUGAUAUGCGGUUGCGAUAAUUUUGCAGCUUGCAAGGCCAAUGGAGAGUGUGGAUAGUAAGCAAGACUGAGCCAUCGGAGGCAACUUCCAUGAACAAAGGCUUUGGUAAUUUACAAAAAAAAAUUAACGUGGUGUGCCCUUUAUUUUAUAAUAACACAUGGUUCAACUUGUUUCUUUUUACACUAGUUGCCAAAUAUUAGAGAAGUAUCAUCGCAA